GGAGAAAGCAGAUUUCAGGCUGAGAGCGGCAGCUUGUAGGAAGCUGACUCUGCGCGGACUGUUAAAAGGUCUGAAACCAGAUGUGCCCUCUCUCCCUCUCUCUCUCCCCCUCGCCUCACAGCUGGCUGGUGAAAUCCCAGCAGUCGGAGGUGACACGAGUCAUGGACAGUAAAGGCAUCAAGUAUGAAAUGAUCGACAUUGCACAGAAUAACUCUUUAAAGGAGGAGAUGAGGACCAAGUCUGGAAACCCCAAUGCCUUGCCUCCUCAAAUCUUCAAUGGCGAGCAGCACUGUGGGGGUUACGAGGAUUUUGUGGAGGCAGUGGAAACCAGUGACGUGCGGAAGUUCCUGAAACUCGACUGAGAUCCCAUCUGCGCCCGAUUGGCCAGAGGCAGAGAGCGGAGGCAGCGCUGAAGCAACUUGCUCCCCUGCGUGUGGACCCAGUCGUACAGCUGUGUUAGUCUUUUAGAAACAGUAACAGCUUCUCUGCCUGCUCAGCCUCGCUACUUUAUCAGGAGCUUGCUGCUAAUUUUCCAAUUCUAUUGUAUUUCUUCCAUGUAAACCGUUAGUGAUUUUAAGAUUAGCCAUUCCACAACUGAAUUAAAACCAAUCCAUUCCUUGGGGUGAGAUCACUGGGUUAAGGAUACAAAGCCAUGGAGGAGGGGGAAGAGAAGGUUUGAGUGACUCGCAGCUCAGACAAACUCGGCACUGUUGGGCUUUGGAAAAUCACUGAAUAGGACCAAUCCACAGAUUAUAUUUCCUGUCCAUUCCCAGAUAUUUGUCCAACUUCUGGAUGGCAAAAGCUCUGCUUUGUUUUCAAUUGGAUUUUGCUGUUUGGGGUGGGUUGCGAUUCCUGGGAAUUGCCCUCGUAAUACAGAAAAGGUCAUUGGACCCAGUGAGUCUGGGGGAGGUGAGGGGCUCCUGGGUUAAAGGAGGAGAGGAAUUCUAGGCUGAUGGAAAGAUUGUGGUGUUCUCAUUUUAGGGUGAGAACAAUUGUUGGAGUGAAUCAAUGAUGUGAUGAUAUUGGGACCAAAAGCACCAAGUGGGAGGGGGUGGCAUGUUCAAUAGCUGCCCUCAAGAAAUGAUCAAGUUGGCGCUGUCUUGUUACAAGUUUAAACGUCACUGAUUAGUGCCAACAAUCUAGCUGUUUGGGAGGAUGGAACCCAACAGUGGAACCCAGGCCAAAAGUUACCACCUCCCUGUGAUAUCCAGCUUAAAGGAGCAGAGGGGAGUUGGUGUGUUGGCUAACCUUCUCCAUACAUUGAGAGGUUGGAAUUGCCCCUGGUGUGACAUGGAUGUGACACAGGUGCAUUGCUCCUAGUGACACGUGUGUGACACAGGUAACCAUUGCCUCUAGGACACGGGUGGCCACAUUCAUUGACCCCUUGUUAAUAUCUCUGUUGUGAGCAUGUUUCAAACUCCAAAUACACAGGUUGUGUAUUUCAGCCACUUCAGGGAUCUGGUGUCCUUAUUACAGCCCUGAGUUUGUGUAAGUGCCCAUCUUUUUUCAGGAUUGACACUGAGUGCCAUUGGUUGUAAAACUAACCACUAUGGGCGAAAAUUUUGAAUUUGUGUUUUCAUUGUGUCCACAAACCUGGCAACAUUCUGAGAUUGAAAAUGCAAAUUUCUUCUAUCUGCUCACACACCUGAUGCUGCCUUUCUCCAGUGCGCAAUGCUUUAAUCAGCUUUGUUUAAACAAAAUUGGUGAGCUAUUGUUCUGGCUGAUUGUCAUUGUGGUGUCUGUCUCUCCAAGGUUACCCAGCUGCCAUUCAGGAAAUGAUUUGCCCUCAUGCACACUAUGCUUGGGCAUGCAAUGCUCUUAACUCUCCUUUACUCCUAUAUUAUUUUUUUUCUUUCUGGUUUAUUUACAUAUCUUUGUUCACUCUCCUCUCUUUCUUUCUGUCUCACUCAUCCCUAUUCUGGACCAACAAGAAUUUCUGCCAAAAUAUUAAAUAAUGUCUUCCAGGAAGAUAUGAAAUGUUUUGAA